GCCAGCAGAGUCCCCUUCUGGGCGCAUCACUCAGCAUCCCGGCAUGCCAGGUAUCCGCAUCCCGGGAUCCCGUCUGACUAACGCGGGGCAGGAGCCCAUCCGAGCACGGCCAGGACUAAUGACAUAAUGGCACUGCCUCUGCAGAGCCCUGGUCACACCGGGGCAGGCGCUAAUUGCGGCUGAUUAACCCGACAGCGAGCUCCAGGAACAAAACACACACACGGCAGCGGCCUCAGAGCUCAGCUAUUCAUUCCCAGGACGUGCCUCAUUCCCGGCACAGCUCGGCCGAAUAUAAAAGCUUUCAGCCCCGGCUCUGUCCUCAGGACUCCGACUCCCUGCUCAGCCCGUCCGUUUCUGCUCGCAGGGAUGCUCCAGCAGAAAGGCGGCACCGACCACGACCUGUGCCAGCACCGCUCGGGCUGCGACCACAAGGGCCAGACAUGGCCCAGCUCCGCCGGGCACUGCCACGACACCCCCGAGAUCUGCCCCAACCCCCCCGAGAUCUGCCCCAACCCCGGCAGCCUCAGCCACGACACCGAGGGCUCCAGCCAGAGCUGCCACUCCAGCGAGCUGUGCCCGCCCCGGCCCUCCUGCUGCCCAGCCCCGCAGAGCUGUAAGCCCCGGCGGCGGGUGGAGGUGAGCCCGGUGCCCCCCGUGUGCCCCCCGCCCGUGAAGAUCCACCGCCGGCCGCUGGAGCAGCACCGCCCGUGCCCGCCGUGCCCGCAGCCCGACUCGUGCGGGAAGCCCCGCAGGCGAGUGGAGCAGUGUCCGGAGCACGAUGAGGAGCCCCCGGUGGUCCUGCAGCCCCUGCCGCUGCAGCAUCGCUGCCCCUGCAUCCAGCGCUGCCCCCGGCCCGUGCCCUGCUGCCCCCGGCCCGUGCCCUGCUGCCCCCGGCCCGCCCAGCGCCGCUGCCCGCCCGUUGUCCCCCUGCCACCUCACCCCGGCCACCAGCAGCAGAAGCAGGUCACGCUGGUGCCUCUCUGCGUGAAGAACUGAGCCCAGGGACCCCUCCCCGCUCCUGGCUGGGCUGGGGGGAUUGGCCCCCGGCCCAAGGGAUGCUCCCAGCGCCGCUCUGGGCUCGCCGCUGCUCUUUGCACAUCACAUUUGGGGAUCCCCUGCUUGGCCCCAGCACCGGCACUUUAAAUUCGGGGUGUCCUCCCCUGCCGGGCUUUGGUUCUCCCUGGGGAGCAGCAGAGGGGGUUCCCCCUUCUGAGGACACGGAGGAACCGCCAGGGAUCUGCUCUCCGGGGGUCCACCUUCGAGGUUGUUUGGA